GUAUUAUAUUGUAUUUAAAUUGUACUCACGAAGUUGGUCGUGACCGUUAGAAGUUCAGUGCGGUUCAGUGGCAUUAGUGGUAACGUAAACUUUGGUCAACUUGGAUGUAGACAUUAUAGACGGUGGAAGCAGACGAGUGGAGAGCUAUUAACUAAUUAAGAAGAAGAAGAAUUGUAGACGAAUCGGAGCGUCGUCGUUAGUCGCCAUGAGAAAACAGACCUAUGAUUAAACGCAUUUGAGUAUAAUCACGCGAUUUGGAAAUAAUCAGUCAUGGAGUUAGGAAAUGAGAGAUCACGAUACGGGCGAUAUAAGACACUGGAAGUUUAUGAGAAGCCUUACAAUAAAUCUAAGUAUUUCUGUGAUCCGGAUGAAAAGUCACAGAAACUGGAUGCAAGCGUCAAACAAAAAGACAAGUCAGUACAGGAAUUAGUGGCUGUAAGAUCAGAAUUAGCUGGCAUUAGGAGAAGUUUGGCUGAAGCUGCAGAAACUGAAGCUCAGUCGGGAUCAGGACAUUCUCCAUACUUAGAAUAUAAAUUGCCUAAGCAUUUACAACUGGACAAAUUUUCUAAAGAAAAAAUGGAGUUAGAGACGAAGUUAGAUGUGAAAAAUAAAGAAAUUCAAGAGAAGCAAAAGAGAAUAUUUGAAUUACAGGACCAGGUCAGGAGAUUUUCUCAGAUGGAAUCUCAGAUAGAGGAAAAAACACGAAAAUUAGAAGCUUCCCAUAAGGAGAGGGAUAUAUUAGAAAAAGAAUUGAUAACUACAAGGUCAGAACUGGCAGGCAUUAAAAGGACAUUGGAAUUGGAGCGACAAGAGAGGAGAGAUUUAGAAACUCGAGCGCUUGGAUUAAUAAGAGAUGCUAAGCGAAAAUGGGAGAAUGCAGAGAAAGACAAAAUUGCACAAUUAAAUAAGCAUAUUGAAGUACAAACUGUAAAAUUAACAGAAUUAUGCACAAGUAAUAAUGAAAUGAGUUCGCGUUUACAAAGGACAGAAGGUGAACUGCAAACUGCAAAUGCAGAAUUGGAUAAGCUGCGUGUAUUUCAAGCACAAUAUAAAGAAUCCUUGGCGAAAACACGUGAAUUAAGUAGACAAAGUGUUCAAGGCGUAGAAAUUAAGUUAGAGGAGAUUGCUGUGCGCUCUCAUAAUCAAUUGGCUGAUUUACGAGCAAAAUUGGACUUUGAAGCGGCAAAGAACACAGAUCUUGAGACUAGGUUACGAAACGAGCAGGAUUCGAAUCAUUGUCGCGAGUCAAGAUUAAAUGUUGCUUUAGAACUUGCUCAAAAUGAAUUAAGAGAUUGCCAGGAACAGUUACGUACUAUACAAGCCACGUUACCAGCAAGGGACACCGAAAUCGAAGCUUUGCGUAAACAGCUGCAAGAGAGAGCGAGACAGAUAGAUGAUCUAAAGUCAUCAGAGCAAUUGCUUACAACUAUGCAAGAACAAUUGGAAAGAAUGAAUCUUGAAAAUGAGCAAUUAAAACAACAAUUGCAAGUUACCAAAUCUGAUCUAAAUGAAACCAUGAUGAAUUUAGAGCAAAGUGAAGCGCUUGCUGUAAAUUUAGAACAAGCAGCACAAGAUAAGGUUGCAUUGCAAAAAAGAUUACAGGAUUCUUUGGAGAAAGAAAAGGAACAAUUGCGCAAAGUGUGUAAUUUAGAAGAAUUAUUAAAACGUUUAGAAAAUAGUGUUACAAAGUUAGAAGCAGAAAAUGCUGUUCUUAAACAACUAGAUGAAGUACCACCUGCAACUCGCGCAACAAUUGUUGAAGCCACAGAUACAAAGGUAUUUCACAGACAAGAAGAAACAGAAAAACUGAAGCAGCAACUUCAAUCGUUAAGAGAAGAAUUAACAGUUGAAAAACAAACGGCAAAACAAGCCCAAUUGAAUUUAUGGAAGAAAGAAAAAGAAUUAUCAGAUGCUAACUUAGAUAAACGCAUAGCUGUAAGGGAAGCUAAACGAGCUGAGGAUAAAAUAAAAACUCUACAGGAUAAAAUAAAAACUCUACAGGAAGAGAAUCAAAAAUUGCUAAAAAAAUUAAAUGAUAAAGUAAAAGAGGAAGAACAAAAUUCAAAGAAACUAUUGGAAGAAUUAAAUAUCGCGAAGACAUCAUUGAAUGAUAUUACAAAAGAGGCAUCUAGACAUAAAAUGCAAGCAGAUUCAGCACAAAGAGCUUUAAUUCAAGCUAAUCAUCAAAUCGAAGAAUCACAAACUUCUAGUGCGUCAUUACGUAGAGAAUUGGAUGCGACUCGUAGGCAAAUACGAUCGAACAAGCGUUUGACACAGACAGUCACAGAUCUCGAGUCUAAAAUCGCAAAACUAGAACAGGAUAUCAAAGGAUACGAAAUAAAUAAUGAGUUGUUAAAGGAAACUUGUACAGUGUUAGAAGAGCAAUUAACGGACUACGAAAGAUUAACAAGCGAUCAUGAAACGCGCGAGAAUAUGCUGAUUCAGGAUAAAAUGAAGCUACAAAGAGACUUAGAAGUUGCCGAAACAAAAGUUCGUGAAGCACAUAUUGUGCAGAACGAGGAGAAAACACGAAGAAUAGUUGCCGAACGUAACAUUGAACAGUUGGAAUCUGAAACAAGUGAUAUAGAAAGCGAGAGAAACGGUCUUAUCGUUCAAAGGGACCAGUAUAAGAAACUUGUUCAGGAACUCACUAUGCAAGUAGAAGAAUUGAAUACAAAAUGUGGUGAAUUGGAAUGCGAUUUUUCGGAAAUGGGUCAUGCUUUAGAAGCUGCUAAAGAAGAGUCGAGAGUCGUGAAAGAAGAAAGUAGCGAAUACUUGACGACAGUGCAUGAAUUGAAAGAGGAAAAUUCCGUGCUUAGAGAUAAUUUGCAGAAUAGCAUAGAUCAAUGUCAGGAACUAAGAUCAAGAAUAGUAGAGUUGGAAACCGUCAUAGAAGAGAUGAGACAGUUUUAUCAGAAAAGAGAGAUAAAGUAUGAAAGUGUUAUACAGCAACAAACUAAACUGAUUGAUUACUUACAAUUUCAAUUGGAAGGAGGUGGUAAGAAAAAGAAGACGAAGAUAUGCGAAAUACUUGGUAUGAAACAGAAGGAGAAUGUGCCACCUAUGGGUACGGGCAUGCCUGUGGGAUAUCGCGAAUUGGAGAAUCAGCUCGCUAAAGAACAAGCGAAGGUGAAGACGUUGACAGAUCAGCUGUUAAUCCAGAAAGCUAGGGCUGCUUCCGCGCCUGCAUCUGCACCUACAUCUCCGACGACGCCAGAACGCGAAGGCAAAAAAGUGAAGAAUAUCACAGAAACUAGUACCUCGUUACUUAGGCAGUUAUCUCCGCAAAGGAUAGGACACAACAUUCCACAUAGAUUUAAUGUUGAAUUGCCUAUGCGUGCCGGAAAAUGCGCAGCAUGUCCAGAGGCUAUACAGUUCGGAAGACAUGCUCGGAUCUGCAGCGAGUGUCAAAUUAUGACGCAUUUAAAAUGCGCAGUGUCUGUACCUGCCAAUUGUGGUUUACCAAGUGGUUUGUCUAAAUACUAUUAUAAAUCUCAUAGAGAUAGCGAUGAGAGUUUAUCAUCGAUCGGAGAUAGCGUUCAGACUUUGGCGAUAGAUCAGCCGGAUAAACCAGAUACAGAUUUACAAAAUGCUCCUUACAAAGAGAAUGAAAUUUCUAUGGAAGGAUGGGUAAAAGUUCCUAGUAAAUCAAAAUCUUGCUGGGAGAGAAAGUAUUUGAAAUUGGAAGAACCAUGUCUGUGUCUCUACGAACGUCAGCCAUGUGCGGGGGUGGUACCAAUAAGUCGUUUAAAUUUAAUAGAGAAUAAUGGCUUUAAUGUUUCUGAAGUAGUGCAACAUCCUGACGUAUUGGAUACAGCAAAAUCCGACAUUCCAUUUAUCUUUAGAAUAGAAUCGAAUUCUGUGACAACUUGUUGGCCUUCAUCUAGAUUGGACGUCAUGGCACUGAGUCAGGCUGAUAAGAGAAAAUGGCUUGAAACUUUAAAGAUUGUUACUGUUCAAAAUUCGUAUCCUAUAUCAAAAUAUAAAAAGUAUCAAACUGUACUCAGAUUAGAAAAACAUCAAUUGGAUUUGAACUGUGUUGUGGAUCUGGGUGCGGAAAAUGUACUUUUGCUAGGUGCGAAAGAAGGUCUCUUUUCAUAUUGCGCUUCGAAAUCUCAAACGCUCACUACAAUUCGCGGUGUCAAGCAAAUACACCAGCUUUCUUUACAUUCUCAUUUGGAUCUGGCUUUAAUGAUAGCUGGUGAAUACAGGGAAUUAGUAUACUGCAACUUAAGGUUAUUGAAGAAUAAUGCGUUGGCCGCCGACUGUUCUAGACCAGCAAUCAGUACAAAGACUGUAUUAUCUAUCUCUGAUAGUUGCCAUCUUUACCAAUUACAAGGCAAUAUACUAUGCGCCGCAACCACAUCUCGUGUGAUAUUAUUGAAAUGGAAAAUCGAAGAAGAUUUUGGAGAAUUCGUCAGGCUUUAUAAAUUUGAUACACAAUUUGACACACCUUGCAGUUGUGCUAUAUUUACUACAAAUCGUCUUAUUGUAGGCUGUGACAAAUUUUUACAGAUUGAUCUGCAAACUUAUGUUGUAGAUGAAUUUCCAGAAGAAGACAAUAAUUCAAUUAAAGCGGCAAUAUCGGGUGCAGCGAAACUUGGCACAUUUCCUGUGUGUGUUUUAAAUAUUUCAAAUAUAUGUGGCACAGCGGAGCUUUUACUAUGCUACAAUGAGUUUGGUGUAUUUGUAGACGAAAAUGGUAGAAGGACUCGCGCUAUUGAUCCAGUGUGGAAUCAUUUACCAUUUGCUUUUGCAUUCUGCAAACCGUACUUAUUUAUUAUUCAUUUCUCAUCCGUCGAGAUUGUGAAACUUGAUGCAGAAGCAUAUAGUUCUUCGGAAAGGAAUCCUGAACGUACCUUAAUCGAAUUAUCUAGUCCACGUUAUUUAGGCACAGCUGGUUCAAAAGGAAUUUAUGUGGCCACUAUUAAUUCUUACCUCGAAUUAUUGAAGAUAGAUGGUUUUGUUUAUAUGCCAACAUUGAACGGCAGUCUAACAAGUCUCGAUACACUAGGUCAGGAAGACGAAAGUAGCUCAGAAUUUAGUUUUACAUCAAGCUUAAUGGAGGCUUUAGAUGGACAAGGGAAAAAAGUACACUUCGCUGGAGUGCAUAAACACUAAAAUAGAUUUUAUAUACAUAUGACAUUUAAUUUAAUCUCGAUAUUGCUACUUGGCUUAGAAGCUGUUUUUGUAUGUUUAUAUCUAACAGUUAAGACAAAAAUAAUGUCUGAAACAAAUUAGUUAUAAUAAGUUAUUGUACUUUUUUAACAAAACUUAUUAAAACUUCAUUAAAACACA